AUGGCGCGAAUACCUCUCCUAUUAUUUCUCUUUGGCCUGAUGGCCUCCAUGGUGGCAGCAUCGGCACCGACCUUCUGCAAAUGCACCUGCUUCCAAAACAGCACCAUCAUCCCCCUAGGGCCCCAGCGCCCCGGCGGCGGCGGCGGCAGCGUCCCCAACGCGCCGCCCCCGCCAGCGGCCACCGGGACGUCAGAAGCGACACCGCCGGCCGCCGUCCCCCUCAAGCGCGCCGCCUCGUCGAGCUGCUCCCAGUGCAACCGCGCCUUCUGCCUGCAGUACAACCUGCCCAUCUGCGAGGGCGCCGAGGAGACGGACGUCGUGACCAUGUGCUUCCAGCGCGACAGCCGCAAGGACCAGAUCAUCGUGUGGGCCUUCAUCCUCGGCACGCUGGGCCUGCUGGCCUGGGCCGGCGCGCAGCGGGUCAUGGAGCUCCGGGAGCAGCGCAAGAGCCACCCCGGCUUGUCCGCCGGCAACGGGCGGCUGCCGGGCUCGGGAGGAGCAGGAGGAGGAGGAGGCGGCGGGCUCGGCGGACUGGCGAGCAGGAUGGGCAGUGCGUUUGGCGGCGGAAAUGCAGGAGGCCUGAGGAGUCCGAGGGACGAGGCUGGUAGAGGGGCAUACUCACCUUUGGAAGGCGAGACUACGCAUCGCGGGAUGGGCUAG